ACCAAUCACACGCCACUCCGCAAAAGAGACCGCCCAUGAAACCGCCCAUAUUGUGCCUCGUGCAAUGCAGCUGAAGUACAACAGUGUGUUUUCGUUUUUUUAUGCGAUGGUAACUUAUUUUAGAUGAAUGGAGGUUCUCACAAAUAUGUGGAUUGUAUUGCUGCUGCUCUCAGUAUGUUCAGAGACAGUCAUGUGCUACAGUAAUGGAAAAGUUGAAGUGGCUUGUGGGGACAUGACACCCGGACAUGGCUUUGACCCCAGCACCAAAGAUCCACCAUUUAACAUCAAAGUAGACAAAUCCCAAUUCAGCCCUGGAGACGAAAUCAAAGUGACACUAUCAAUGAUGGCGUCUUCAGAGGGAAAACAUUACUUUAAAGGAUUCCUCAUAGAAGCAAGAAAUGCUGGGAAUCUCAAUGAAAUAGUUGGAUCAUUUAAGUUAAUCAGUCCUGACAUAUCUCAGCUUCUUAACUGCGACAAUAAAGAGGGCUCUGCUGUGAGUCAUACCAGUGAUGCCCAUAAGACUGAGGUCCAGGUGAUCUGGGUAGCACCAUCUGACUCUCCUCCCAGUGUGCAGUUUCUGGUAACUGUAGCCCGCGGCUAUAAAGAAUACUGGGUGAAGAUUCCAGGUCCUGUGGUGUCCCAAAAUGGUGUCGCUCCUCCAUCACAAACUUCUUUUGGUGGGUCCACUGGUGUCCAAACCACCCAAAUCACAACUUCCUCAAUACUGUCACAUUCGUUCACUUCUGAGGGCUGUGGAAGCACAAAGUCCUGUCUGAGAGAUCCCGAGGGCUGUGACCCACAAAACAACACCGCGUGUCACUUUCUGUCCUUUAGGACUUUGGGAAGUAGUGUGAUGUUUGAGCUCAGUGGACCUGCAGAGGGUUAUGUGUCCUUUGCAUUAUCUCUGGACAAAUGGAUGGGGGACGAUGACGUCUAUUUGUGUAUUAGAGACACAGACACAGUUGACAUCAAGGCUGGAUAUGUUUCUGGACGGCAUCACCCAGAAUACACUUCACAGAACGUUCUGAAAGACACAGCAUGGAGGCUGUCAGAUGGAGUGAUUCAGUGUAGCUUCCGCAGAGACGUACGCCUCCCACCUGAGAUACUGAACAGGUUCAGUCUGGACCAGAUGUACUACCUCUUUAUGGCUCAUGGUCGAGCUGAAAAUGGGCGAACCCAUCGACAUGACCGCCAACCUCUGAUUUCGACCUAUCAGACAGCCAUAUUGGGACCUCCUGAGGAUCUAACUGGUUCUCGGUCACCCCUGCUCAUGAAAUAUCACGGGGCUUUCAUGCUGAUCGCCUGGAUGUCGACGGUCAGUGCUGGUGUCAUCAUGGCUCGAUACUUCAAACCCGAUUGGCCCGAAAGCAAUAUUUUGGGGCAGAAGGUCUGGUUUCAGUUACAUCGAAUGCUAAUGGCCCUCACAGUUCUGCUUACCUUGGUCGGCUUUGUUUUGCCUUUUAUGUACCGAGGAGGCUGGAGCAAGCGGGCAGGCAUACACCCCUAUUUGGGUUGUGUUGUCAUGGCACUUGCUGUCAUCCAACCUCUCAUGGCACUUUUCAGACCUGCGCCAGACGCCUCAAGGAGAUAUAUCUUUAACUGGAUGCAUUUUGGAACAGGAACAGUAGCUCAGGUCAUUGCUGUUGUCACCAUCUUCCUCGGGAUCCAUCAGCAAGCUCUGCUCCUGCCUGCUCCAUGGUCCACAGGGGUCCUGGCAUCCAUAGUGGUGUGGUUUGUGCUGGCAGAUUUGGUUCUAGAAGUCCAUCGAAGGGGGUUUUUACCUAUAGGUAAAUAUUUUAAAAAUGUCAAAAUCUACACUGAACAUAUUAAUUCUGAUGACAAAGAAGAGGUCGUGUUUGUUCCUGAUGAGAGUGAGACUCAUAGCGUGGAGUUUCGUUUUAAAAACAUAGUUCUGGUUAUUUAUCUUUGUGGAAAUCUGGGACUUCUGACUCUUCUCCUUUGGACCAUCAGUGCAGUAUGAGACACUCUCAACAGUCGUUUCUACAUUUAGUCUUUGGGACUUUCACUAAUUGUGCCUAUUUUAAAACAAGCCAAAGAAAUAUGGAGUAAGAUGCCUGCCAGUUUACCGUGAUUAUUAGAAUGAAUUUGUCUGAUUUGAAAGUUUCUUGCCUGCUGAGUUACAAAUCAAUUUCGUAUAUUUUGUAGCACUUUUUGUAAUUUAUUUUUUUAUGUACAUUAUGUGCUUUUUAAGUCUUUAUUGAAUCUGAAGAACAUAUUUCCUUAGUGUGAUAUUUUGUUAACCGCAUUUAAUUAACAAUGUUUACAGAUCAAAUAAUUAUACCAAUCUUGAUGCUGUUUAUGUCUUUUUCUAAAUAUGAAAUAAUUAUGUUUUAACCACCUAAUUCUUUUAGUGCCUAAUGCAUUUGAAGACUCUUGCUGCCUGAAAUGUAAACAUUGUUAACAA